AUGACGUCCCCAGACGAGACGAGCCCCGAUAAUGACCUGCAAAAGACCCUCAAACUCUACAGUGAGGGGAAACCGCUCUUCACCCGUGCCGUGCUCGAAGACCUCGACCAUCAUCUCGAAAAGGGCGAAAAGAAGGUUAUGAUCAGAGACUACCUUAACAAAGAGCACAUCUACGAUCUUGAGAUUCCAGAUUGGUGUGCGGACAGCGCGGAUACGGUCCGUAUAAAGUACAACGGCAUCGAGACCCUGACGAAUUUGCAUCCAGAUGAAGAUAGAGUCUCAUGGGGAACGCGCACCAUGAUGAUUACAUACGGGUCCCAGUACAAAUACAAUGAUAUCACCGUCGAGAAAGUUAGAGCCGCAUUUGAGCGCCAGCGGGGAGCCUGGAAGCAAUCCAAGACCUGCAAGCACUUUACACAGCAGUUUGAAGGAUUCACUCCGGGCCAGGUGGCUGCUAUCACAAAGAUCGUUGGGUUUGCUCUUGGCCCAGUUGCAUAUCUUGACGUGAGAUCUGCGGAUGGCAUUGGACCGUCGGCUACGAACGCGCUCACGCAGCAUAUGGCACUUCUGACUAUCGCGGAAAUCCUCAAACAGCGAAACGGUGGACGGAAAGUCAAGUGCUACACUCAAGACCCGGUCAAUAAGGGCGUCGGCAACGAGUUCCUCAAGACCAUUGGAAUCACCUCGCUCGACGACCCGAAGGGAUUCCUAGAAGUUGACGACAAAACGCUGGUCGUUUCCAUCCAUCCAAACGUGCCCGUUCGUCAGGUCAUCGCCGAUCUCCAGUACCCUGCGGCAAUGCUAUGGAACACCGUCGAGGAGCCAGUGAAAAGAGAAUGGGAGCAGAAAACUAUGGAUGAUGGGGAUGUCACUUGGAUUUUCCCGUACAGUACUGAUCCUGUUUCUUCGAGAGUGGUUCGAAUGGCUGAACAGUACGAUCAGUUGCCGUUUGACGAUGCGGAUGACUGGUUUGGAAAGUUGACGUGGUAUGUGAGGAAGCACAAGAAGGACGCUUGAUUUUUAUGUCUUACAUCUAUCGAUACAUGACGACGAGAAGCAACAAUGAACUGCCUUGGGAGCAUGCCGCCAAACUUAGGUAUGGGACGGACAGUAACCUCUUACAGAAGACGAUGCUGCUGAAAGAAGAAAGACAGAAAGCAACUAUUAGUAGGAAACUUGGAG